AUGGCGCCGCGACCGCGUGCAGCAGUCGUCGCCGUCGCCGCUCUCCUCGUGCUCCUCGUGCUGGUGGUGCUUCUGCGGCCUUCGUGCUCCCUCCCCGCUGUCGUCUUCAGCGUCACCAGACGGCGGCUCGACGGCGGCGGCGGCUCCCGUCGUCCCUCGCCGUCCCCGGCGCCGGCGCCGGCGCCGUCCCCCACCACGAACGGUGGCGACCACCGAAGCCCCACGGGCGCGCCUCAUCCGCGGGGUGGUAGAGGCUCGCGUGGUGGUGGUCCGGCGCCGCGGGGGAGGAAGAGGAAGCCGAGGCUCAACCUCGGCGAGAGGGUCGGGAUCGCGCUCGCGGCCGUCGCGGCGGCAAUGCAGGUGGCCCUGAUCGGCGCGUGCCUGGGGCUGCUCGCGCGCCAUCUCCGGCGCCGGCAGGGCAAGGCCCGCGAGGAGGAGGAGGCGGGGGCGCUGCCGUCAUCCUCUUCCGCGCCACCGGCAAACAUUGCAUCAUACUGUUCAGUAGUACCCACCAGGCCACGACAUCCUCCUCUGUCUCGAGUCUCGACGGCGACGACGACGCGGAUAGCGACCAACGGCGGCGGCGCCCCCGCCUCCUCACCGGCGGCGAACAAGGCCAACCUCCUCGACCCCUACUCCAUCAAGCACCUCCUCGACGACACCGUCUCCGAGGCCGUGAAUAGCAAGGGCUACGCCGAGGACACGCGGCUGAGCAGCCGGAAGCUGGCGGUCGGCGCGGCGGUGGUCGCCGUCGCGCUCCUCGCGCAGUUCUACCCCGGGAGGUUCCCCGAGAACAGGGGCGUCCUCCUCGUCUGCAUCGCGCUGUACGCGGCGCUCAACGUGGUGCUGCAGAUCGUUAGCUACACCAAGGAGAAGAACGCCAUCCUCUUCGCGUAUCCUCCUGAGGGUUUAUUUAAUAGCACUGGACUUGUUUUAUCUUCAAAAUUACCAAGAUUGUCAGACUUGUAUACCCUCACAAUAGCAAGUGCAGAUCCACAGUAUAAAUCUUCAACUGAUCGAGUGCAUUUCACUAAGAGUGUCACAAAAUGGUUCACCAAAGAUGGGGUUCUUGUGGAAGGUUUGUUCUGGAAGGAUGUUGAGAAACUGAUUGAUGACUACAACAGGAGCAAAUGAAAGGAUAGCAUACUUAUCAAUGUCAUGAAGCAACCGUUCGCUUACUACAUCUGUUAGUUCUUGCAUAUGCAUAGCAAAAAUCUCUUUCUGAAAUCAAUGUUUAACUGAAUUUUGUUAUACAAUUUUGUGACGUGUCCUGGUAUUAACUGAUGAUAUGAUGUGUCAAUUCC